CCUCUUUCUCUCUCCUGAACCGGCCCAGAGGGAGAUCAGCAUACAAUGGUGAAGUUUUCUAAGCAGCUUCAGGCCCAACUCAUUCCUGAAUGGAAAGAUGCAUUUGUGAACUACUGGCAGCUCAAGAAACAUGUUAAGAAGGUUAAACUCUCCAGAAUAUCUAAGCUUUCCCAGACCACUGCUUAUAAUCAUGAUUAUGGCCUCUCCAUGUUCGACCCCGUUCGCUCUUUCUUCUCCCGUCUUUCAUGUAAUGCCACCGAUGACCAACCUGCAGGUCAGAUUCUUCAGGUGAAAAAUACACUUUCGGAACCUGAACCUGAUGAAGCUGAAGAUGAAACUGAACUUGUUGAUCAUUUGUACUCUGAGGAAGACGAGGUGAAGGUGUUCUUUGAGAAAUUGGAUGAGGAGCUGGAUAAGGUGAACCAGUUUUACUCGAAUAAAGAAAGCGAGUUCCUUGAGAGAGGAGAAAUGUUGAAUAAACAGCUCCAGAUCUUAUUGGACCUCCAGCAAGUUCUUGAUUGCCGGAGACGAUCAAGAAGGCUUAACUCCUCCGGAUUCCUGCGCUCUUACUCCUCAUCUGCCCGCAACUCUGACUCCGAAACUCCUACCGAGUUUGGUGAAAGCCUUGGAGAGCAGACGGAUGAUGUUAUAUCGGCUCUGGAAAAGAACGGUAUCAACCUUGUUGGUUCAGCAAAGAGUAAAAAGGCAGCUGGUAAGAUGGGGAUGAGGAUUGAUAUUCCAGCAACCACACCUACACGAACCAUAACAGCAGUUACGUCUAUGCUAUGGGAAGAUCUUGUAAACAAUCCCAAAAAAGAAGGCGGUGGUGGUGAAUUCCUUAAUCGCAAGAAGCUCCAAUGUGCCGAAAAAAUGAUCAGAGGGGCCUUCGUUGAACUUUAUAGAGGCCUUGGUCUUCUCAAGACUUACAGCUCAUUAAAUAUGGUGGCAUUUGUAAAAAUACUGAAGAAAUUUGACAAGGUAUCUAAUCAGCAGUCAUCGACAACUUACCUCAAAGCCGUCAAAAGAUCUCAUUUCAUUAGUUCUGAUAAGGUGGUAAGAUUAAUGGACGAGGUGGAGUCAUCUUUCACUAAGCACUUUGCAAAGGAUGACAGAAAAAAAGCCAUGAAGUUCUUGAGACCCCGGCAACACAAAGACUCUCACAUGGUCACCUUUUUUGUUGGAUUGUUUACGGGUAGUUUCGUAACCCUCUUUACUGUAUAUGCAAUAUUGGCACAUAUCAGUGGCAUGUUCUCCCCUGGUACAGAAACCGAUUACGUUGAAACUAUCUAUCCUGUCUUCAGCAUGUUUGCAUUGCUGAGCUUGCACAUUUUCAUGUAUGGAUGCAACCUCUUCUUGUGGAAGGCUACAAGAAUUAACUACCAUUUCAUAUUCGAAUUCCAAGCUGCUACGGCACUCAAGUACAGAGAUGCAUUUCUCAUAUGCACCUGCAUGAUGACUGCUGUGGUUUCUGCCAUGGUGCUACAUCUCAUCUUGGUUUCCAAUGGAUUUUCUCAUACCCAAGUUGACACCAUUCCAGGCAUUCUCCUUUUGAUUUUCAUCGGUCUGCUUGUAUGUCCAUUAAACAUGUUAUAUCGUCCAACUCGCUAUUGCUUCCUUAGAGUCAUACGCAACAUAGUCUUCUCUCCUUUGUAUAAGGUUUUGAUGGUAGACUUCUUCAUGGCUGAUCAACUUACUAGCCAGAUCCCCUUGUUGAGGCACAUGGAAUCAACAGCAUGUUACUUCCUUGCAGGGAGUUUCAAAACACAUGAAUAUCAGACUUGUAAGUCAGGGAAGUUAUAUCGGGAGCUUGCUUAUGUAAUCUCUUUUGCACCAUACUACUGGCGUGCUAUGCAGUGUGCAAGGAGAUGGUUUGACGAGUGUGAUGUGAAUCACUUGGCUAACUUGGGGAAGUAUGUGUCAGCCAUGGUGGCAGCUGGGGCGCGGUUAACAUAUGCAAGACAGGAAACACAUUUGUGGUUGAUCAUUGUUUUGGUGACUUCAUUGAUUGCUACCAUAUACCAGCUAUAUUGGGACUUUGUCAAGGAUUGGGGACUUCUUGAUUCCAAAUCCAAAAAUCUGUGGCUUAGAGAUGAACUUGUCCUCAAGAAAAGAGGAUUCUACUACAUAGCUAUUGCCUUGAAUUUUGUUUUGAGGGUGGCUUGGGUGGAAACUGUGUUACAAUUCAAAGUUGGAUUGUUUGAAUCACGAUUGCUUGAGUUUUGCCUUGCUUCACUAGAAGUGAUUCGACGCGGGCAUUGGAAUUACUACAGGCUGGAAAAUGAGCACUUGAACAAUGUUGGGAGGUUUAGAGCAGUGAAAACAGUUCCUUUACCUUUUCGUGAGACAGAUUCUGAUGGCUGAAAACAUUGGGGUCCGAUCCUUGUACAAAUUAAAAUUAAGCUGCUGGGGAACUGAAGGACUGGGUGCAGCCAUGGAUAUAUAUCCAAUAUAUAUAUAUAU